AUGGAGGACACGAACACAACAGACCUCUCUCUGAAUUACACACAUGAUGGAAAUUGGAGCUACGAGUGGGAUACUGAAAAUAGUUGUGGGGAUUCAUUUGAUGGAUAUGUGGUCUUUUUCCUUGUCUGUAUGGUGAUCUGUGUCUUUGGAAUGGUGGGGAAUGGGAUAGUCUUGUGGUUUCUGGGCUUCAGGAUGAAACGGAAUCCUUUCACCGUCUACAUCCUAAAUCUGGCUGUUGCUGACUGCUCUAUGCUCCUCGUGUAUUUUCUGUUAACACUUGCGUAUUUGAACGUAACCAUAAUUUGUUAUGAUGCAGUUGAAUUCCUGUGCCACUUCUUUGUCCUUAGCAGCCUGGGUCUCCUGACAUCCAUCAGCACGGAGCGCUCUGUCUCUGUCAUCUUCCCAAUCUGGUAUCGCUGCCACCGUCCAAAGCACUUGUCAGGCAUUGUGAGUGGGGUGCUCUGGGCCAGCAUCAGCUCUUUCAUGUUGUCCAUCUAUCUUUGCUAUCUCUUUCGUCAAAGAUAUGAGACACUCGUUGGAAGUCUGAUCAUUUUCUAUUCCAUGAUUUUGUCAUUAUUGAUGUUGAUUUCCAACGUGUCCAUGGUCAUAAGGCUCCGAUUUGGCUCACAGAGACGGAGCCUGGGGAAACUCUAUGUUGCUAUUGUGCUCAAUGUCAUCUUCUUCUUUGCCUUUGGGAUGCCUUUCAGCGUAAAUGGUAUCCUUCUACUUUUACAUAACGAUAUUUUCUUUAAUGAAGAAAUGGUUCUUGUUCUGGCUCUGCUGAACAGCAGCAUCAAUCCAGUCAUUUACUUCCUGGUGGGGAGCUGGCGGCAGCGCCGCUUCCAAGGCUCCAUCAAAGUCGCCCUGCGUAGAGUGUUUGAAGAGAAAGCGAGGAGCAAGGAGAGCCCCGUGCCUGAGGGCAUCCCCAUGGAGAGCACUGCCCAAGGCCCUGCUGGCAGCCUGGGUCUCCUGACAGCCAUCAGCACAGAGCGCUCUGUCUCUGUCAUCUUCCCAAUCUGGUAUCGCUGCCACCGCCCAAAGCACUUGUCAGGCAUCAGACGGAGCCUGGGGAAACUCUAUGUUGCUGUUGUGCUCAAUGUCAUCUUCUUCUUUGCCUUUGGGAUGCCUUUCAGCAUAAAAGCUUUCCACGAUCUUUUGUAUGAUGGUUUUCUAGUUGCCGAAAAUGUGACUGGGGUUCUGGCUCUGCUGAACAGCAGCAUCAAUCCAGUCAUUUACUUCCUGAUAAACUGCGUGUGCUUUGGCUGA